AUGUACUUCAGUAAUGAUACAUGUCCCGUGCAGAUAUAUUUCCCAAAUGACUUGAAAAAGUACUUUACCCAUCAUCAUGAGGUGUUUCUUUUGGGAUAUGAGGUUGGGAAUGCAUACGUUAUAUUUCAAUGUACGGAGGAUGCGAACGCCUAUACUGCUGCAAUUCCUGGGUUGAAAAUUGUGGGCACAAUCAAUCAACCGUCAAGUGGGUAUCUUUUGAACUUGCACUACGAUCAAGCGGGAGGACACGUUUCGUGUUCACUCAAUCCUACCAUUAUUUAUUUCGAUCCCCCAAAUUUCAGAAACUUGGAGUAUUUCUCCAUUGAGCCCAUUUUAUUACAAUCUGUGGAAAAGUCAACGAAAUCAUCAACAUCAAUUGAAUCAAAAUUUGAUGCAUAUAUUCCGGAGGUUGGGAUACCACCGCAAAAUACAUCAAUAGCUGAUGGCGAUGUCUUGGAUAAGAUCAAUCUGAUAUACAGAGCUCGAAAUAAACUCAAACAAGUUAGUAUACUGUCCACAUCGACAAUGUUUGACUCAUUUUGCAAGUGGAUAGUUGUACAAUCGAUAAUACCUAUCAUUAAAAUUUGCCAGAAUGUGCUAAUAAUGCUUUUACUGAUUAUCAAUUUCGAAAUUUUGGGUUACUCAUUGGUUCAAGUCUCAAAAUGUUUUCGACAAUUGGAUCUACGAUUGAAACAGUUAAACUACUUCCCCAUUCAAUUUUUGUGCUACUACGAUCGAAACGUAUUAUAUCAAAAAGAUUCACAAAUUAUCAAUGAAUUGAAAUUGCCCAUCCUCAAUACUAAUUUAAACAUCAACAAUUCAAACUACAUCAAUUUAUAUAAUUCGCUAUGGUUGAUUUUCAAUGAUAUCUUACUUGGAGUUACAGUCUAUGGGUACAUUGACAGGUACCAAUAUCAAAUAUUCAACUUUAUCCAAUCGACAAUCUUGGAAAAGUUAUUAUGCAAUGAGUUAGUUUCUUUGAUAACUUGGGUAUCAACUGAAAAUCCCGCUGGUUUUAAAUUGAAUACUGACUUGGGUAAAUUCUUUGGUGAUUUAUACAUUUGGACAAUAUUAUUUUGGAGAGAUUAUGUGGAAAAUGUUCACAUUAGCAAGAACAAGAGCAUGAUUUUACAAAUAUUGAAAGUUCUUUGUUAUGGAGGUGGAUGCUCAUUCUUGCUAUCAUUCCUUAUUGAUUGUAUUCAAUUAUUGACGUUCCACAUGUAUGCAUUCUACUACGGUGCUGCCAAAAUUUAUAAACGACAACUUGAAAUUAUCAAGUCAUUGUUUCAAUUGUUUCGGGGAAAGAAGUACAAUGUGCUUCGUAAUAGAAUAGACAACUUAAACAAUUAUGAAACUGGGGAUGUUUUCGAGAUUGAUCAAUUAUUAUUGGGGACUUUAUUGUUUAUGAUUAUGAUUUUCCUUUUACCAACUACAUUUGCAUUCUACCUUACAUUCACCAUUUUCCAUAUCAUGAUACUCAUGGCUCAUAAUUUGUUGGAGAAUAUAACUAUUGUUUUGAAUUUCACACCGAUUUUCGUAUGUUUGUUGAAACUUAAAAACUCAAAAAGGUUGCAAGGAGGGAUCAGGUUUCAAUAUAAAGGCUCUUACAACAGGACAACGUUUUUAUCUAUAUCAAACAAGUCACUCACAUAUCAAGCAAUUUUUGUCAACUAUGUGAAAUUGUUUCAGCGGGCGAAGAAUUUCAGACACUCCAUUGUCAAGAAUUUACUAUCCGGAAAUAUGAUUUCAUUCAAGUAUGACCAUAAUCUAAAGUUUCUAUACUUGAUGUUACCAGAGGAGUACGCUGAAACAAUAAGUAUUUGGAAGUAUGUAAAGUAG